UAAAAUCAUGCAUUUGCCCUUUUGAAAUCAAAAAGUUUAAUUUCCGAUAAUCAACAUUUAUAUUUGUAUUGAAGAUGACGUCAUCAUAUUUAUAAUUCGGGUGUUUAACUGUUUAUUCUGUUUUUUUUCAGGAAAUCGAAGGUAAGUGAGUAUUACUUUUUCCUAUUCUAAGGUGAUAUAGUGAUGAAAUCUUUGGUAAUCGCAAUAGAGACCAAAACUGCAAAUAUUUAUUCUUGAACUAAAUUGUCGUUAAAGACAACCGAGUUAGUUUGUGGCCGAAGACGAUAAAAAGGCGAAUCUGAAUAUCGCCUUUUACUUAUUAUUAUAAUUAAUUACUAUUAUUAUGACAAAGAGUGUCUUACUUUUUUAAAAUUUGUAGGCGUCUUAGCUGGUAUUAGCUAUGGCAAAAUCUAAAUAUGAAUACGUCAAACAAUUUGAAAGGGAUGAUUCUUUAAUUCCUAAUACUUGGCUUGUCAUCCGUAUAGAUGGACGUGGUUUUCAUAAAUUUUCGGAACGUCAUCAAUUUGAGAAACCAAAUGAUCGUCGCGCUUUAGAUCUUAUGAAUAAAUGUGCUGAAACUGUAAUGACUGAAAUACACGAUAUCAUUCUCGCUUAUGGGCAAAGUGAUGAAUAUAGUUUCGUAUUAAAAAAAGAAUGUGAUCUGUAUUGUCGGCGAGAAGCGAAGAUUUUAUCUACAAUAGUUAGUUUAUUCACAUCCAACUACGUAUUUCUCUGGAAAUCAUAUUUUGCUGAUAAAGAAUUACAGUAUCCUCCAUCAUUUGAUGGUCGUAUAGUUCAGUAUCCAUCCGAUAAUAAUUUAAGAGAUUAUUUGAGUUGGCGGCAGGCAGAUUGUCAUAUAAAUAAUUUGUAUAAUACUUGUUUUUGGGCACUAGUUCAUUCUGGAAAAACAGAAACUGAAGCCGAGAACAUAUUGAGAGGCACAUUAUCUUCCGAUAAAAAUGAAUUGCUUCAUUCAUUGUUUAAUAUAAAUUACAACAAUAUACCGGAAAUGUAUCGGAAAGGCUCUGUACUAGUUAAACAAGAGAUUGAUUUUAAGACUCUUAACCAAAAAGGCGUUGAAGUUAUUAGAAAGAAGAAAAUUGUCACGAUAUUGCAUGUAGAUAUAAUUCAAAAUAAAUUUUGGAAAGAACAUCCCGAAUUAAAUAUAAUAACUAUUACAUAAAUUUCAAUAAUUAGUUUUUCAGUUGAUAAAAAGAUAAAAACAUUUUCUCUCAACAUUUAAAUUUUAUUGUAAUAAAGUUUAUUCUUUGACGCG